GUAGCAACUGAGGAGGAGGAGGAAGAAGAAGAAGAACUACAAGAGGAGGAGGAAGAGGACGAGGAGGGGGAAGGAUGACGAGGAGGAGGAGGAGGAAGAGGACGAGGACGAGGAGGAGGAGGAAGGAUGACGAGGAGGAGGAGGAGGACGAGGAGGAGGAGGAAGGAUGACGAGGAAGAGGAGGAGGCGGAGGAGGCGGAGGAGGCGGAGGAGGCGGACGAGGAAGCGGAGGAGGAGGAGGAGGAGGACGAGGGAGAGGAGGAGGAGGAAGAGGACGAGGAGGAAGAGGAAGAAGAAGAAGUAGAAGACGAGGAGGAGGAGGAAGAGGACGAGGAGGGCGAGGAGGAUGAAGAAGAAGAUGAGGAAGUGGAGGAGGAGAGCGAAGAAGAGAAAGAGGAGGAAGAGGAGGAGGAGGAAGAGGAGGAGGAGGAGGUGCUGGAGACGGGUGAAGGGGGAGAACGGCCGAAAACUCACCUCGAUGACGAUAGAGCAGGAGGACGACUCUCCCGGCGAAGGCUCCAGCGGCUGCAGCGAUGGCUCCAGCAGUUCAACAGCGGGGCAGCAGGCCGUCUGCACCGACAGGCUCGACACACGGGCGGCAGGCGGGGGCGAGCAGCAGGCACCACGGCGACGGGGCAGUGGGCUGUUGCUGGGCCAGAACGGUGGGGCCGGGCCACUAUCCUGCGCGCAGUCCGAGAGUGGCUGGCGCAAAUUCGAAUUCAAACACUGGCCCGAUCUGCGCCGUCGAUGUUAGUCGAUGGACAGCCCAGAUCGGGCCAUUAGUUUGCAGCCCGUCACGGGUGCGUUUUCCCCCCCUGAGAGCAUUUUUCGUCGUCGUUCAUUAUAGGGUCGUUGGAAGGCUGUAAAAACAAGGCAUGGCAGUUCAGGGGGUGGUGGCAUCUUGUUCGCAGCCCGUCAGGGUUGCGUUGCCCCCCAGACAUUUCAACGUCAAUCAAAAUUUCAACGUCCC